AUUUUUUGCCAAGGGUAGAAGAGAGGAGAUGGUUACAAAGUGUUCUCUUCAUUUCAUCAUUACAGCGAUUAUCUGUGUACAUCGUGCAAAUCCAAGAUAAUGCAAGGUUGUUGUUGAGUCCACUGCACCAUCUAGCCCUACGGUGCGACCGCACGUUUCUUUCUCACUUUCGUCGAUACUUCCGCGCAUAGAAUAUUAAAAUGGCUUACCAAGGAGGAUAUUAUCAAGAUCCGAAUCAACCGUACUACGGUAAUCAAUACCCGCAACAGCCCGGAUUCAAUCCCAACUAUCCGCCGCAGCAACCCGGCUAUCCGCCACAGCAACCCGGCUACCCGCCGCAGCAACCCGGCUAUCCGCCACAGGGAGGCUACCCACCACAAUCCGGAUAUCCACCUCAGGGAGGCUACCCCCCUCAAGGGCCCGGUUUCAAUCCGGCCUACCCGCCGCAACAGGGCUAUCCACCGCAGCCGGGUUUCGUCCAGCCACCACCAAUGUCGACCGGAUACGGUUCGGCGUACGACGCCGAAAGCGUCAAGGGGUUCGACUUCAACGACCAGUCCAUCCGGCGUGGCUUCAUCCGCAAGGUUUACUCCAUUCUGACGUUGCAACUGCUGCUCACUGCUGGCUUGAUUUCGCUGUUCCUGUUUCAUGAGCCGACUCAACUAUGGGUAAAGCGUCACCCGGAAAUGUUUUGGAUUGCCUUGGGUGUGAUGAUCGUGGCCCUGAUCACAUUGGCUUGCUGCGGAGAAGUACGCCGAAAAGCGCCGAUGAACUUUAUACUGCUGAUAGUUUACACGGCGUCCCAAGGAUUUAUGCUCGCUGUAACCGCUGCCAAUUUCAAGUCCAAUGAGGUGAUAAUGGCAGUAGGAAUAACGGCUGCCGUCUGUCUCGGCUUGACACUGUUUGCGUUCCAAACCAAGUGGGACUUCACCGUGAUGGGUGGCAUCCUGUUCGUGGCGGUCCUAAUCCUGAUGCUGUUCGGGUUGAUUGCCAUAUUUAUCCCGGGUAAAACGAUUUCGCUCGUGUACGCGUCGGCCGGGGCGCUCCUUUUCUCGAUCUAUCUCGUCUACGAUACGCAACUAAUGAUGGGCGGUGAACAUAAGUACUCGAUCAGUCCGGAAGAGUACAUUUUUGCGGCACUGAAUCUGUACAUCGACAUUGUCAACAUUUUCCUCUACAUCCUCACGAUUAUCGGUGCGACACGCGAUUAAGGCAUUGUCCGACCGUUUCUCUUGUUCUCUUUUCUUGAUCUUACCUAUUGUUCUGUCGUAUUUUGCUCCUGCAAAUUCAUCUCAAAACUCCAUUCCAAAUAGAUGACCAAAAGAAGCAGACUAAACAAGAACCGUGUGUGUGGUGUGGUAUUUAAUAGUUUUAUCAAACGCGCGACGCUUUUGCGGCUUGCGCUUAACCAAACCAUCGCAGCGCCUAGUAUAGGUGUAAUAAUUUAAUUCCGAUUAAUACUAUUAGCUGAAGAAGCGCUGUUCUCGAGUGAUGGCGGCCAAUUCAGAAUGAAAAUAAUCAGCCAUAAAAGGUUUAAUUAAAUGGAGUGUGUGCUGCAGUACGAUAUCCUUGUUCUCGUUAUCGAUUUGUGUGUUACCGACAUCAGCUGCUGACCGGAGUACGCUUGGCCAAAGGGAACGCGCCUGAAAUACUGUGCGAGUUAAUGUAAUAUUGAAAUGUUCCACCUAUCCACCCGCUCCAAAGAAGCAAUGGCACACCGAGGCUACUCUUACCUACUCUACUUGCUAUUUGUUAUUAAUUACCAAUGUACACAAGCCCCGGUGUUUGAAUUAUAGUCUUUUCAAUCAAUUAAUACCCCAAUCAGCUGAGAACGGCGUGCUUUGUAAUGGACCACAACGAACAAUAAUAGUUUGUGAGACAUUCGUUCACAACGAAUGCGAUAAGGCACGAUGUAAAUGGUAAAAAAGAAGUAAGAUGCUUAAAUACAAACCUCCUACAAGCGGUAGGCACUUUGCUCUUGUUGAUAAGCUAAGCUUAACGUACGGUCGUCAAGCCGAUAUCAGGGCAUGUAAAUGUAGCGAUUACGAUGGCCAUCGUGCGCAAGAUGCACGAUGUAUGAUAGGCGGACAGACUAAUCUAUACGAGUGUUUGCUAAAUUUUUUCUUCUUGUUCCACUGUCCAUAAAGCUACCGCAUGAUGUAUAUAAUAUUUACCAAAUCCCAAUAUAAAGCGCCAACAAAAAAAUGUGUUGUUCAGAGCAGUGCACCAAUUACAAAAGCAGUUGAACAAACAUUGAUCAAUUGUUCUAAUGCCCGAAAAAUAAAGAAAUCCCUUUACACGAAUGAAUGAAG